CUCAAGUGUAUUUCUGUCUUUCGUAUUAUCAUCACAUCUCCCAACCCAUGAUGUUGAAAACAUAAAAGCAUUCGGUAUCCAAUCUUACACAACACUGCAAUCUUGUCCACCUCAACAUGGCCAAACCUCCGCUUCGGCCCCCAGGAGGCCGACGCGGAGGAUCCAAAUCAAUGCUCACCUGGGCCUUGCUUCUCCUGCUCAUUGCUGCCGCUCACCCUCAAUCGAUCCACCAACCCGAGUCCAUCCAACGCCUGGUGGCAUCAACUCAGAGCAUCCGUACCGAGCCGAGUCGACGCCCUCAAGCUGGCCGCAGCCCAGCAGAGAUCCCACUCGUGAAGAACGACAUCAGAACCGUCAAGUUCAAAAGUACCGAUGAAAGCCUCGAACACCCCAAACUCCGUGCCUUGGCUCCAGCCUACGAUAGCAGUAGUGCUGUUAGAGCACCUCUUGUUCAGUCUGCCGAGUCCCCUGGGCUCUCAGCGCUCGCUUCAGCGCGGCUCCUGCAAGAUUGGGAGGUGGAGAAUAUUGUCCUCUUAGCCACCAUCGAUGGCACCAUACAUGCACUCGACAGGAAGACUGGAAGAGAAAGAUGGUCGUUGGGCAUUCCCAACAGUCCCAUGAUUGAGACUAUCCACCACAAGUUGAACCGGAGUGACCUGGAGGACGAUUCAUAUCUCGAAGAUGAUUACAUGUUUAUCGUGGAGCCGAGCAAGGAUGGCAAUUUAUACAUUCAACACAGAGAUCCCAGAAUAGGUCUGCAGCGUCUGAGUGUCACCGUUCGAUCUCUAGCAGAGUCCACGCCGCAAUUUGUGGAGGAUCCCCCUUUGGUCACGAUCUCUUCUCAAGAGACUACAGCCUACGUGGUCGACGCUGCCACAGGAAAUAUUUUACAACAGUUCGACAGAUAUCGAGGCUUUUCCAAUGACGAUCAGAGUCGAAGUUGCCGACGACUGAGUGGGUUUGAACUGGAUGACCCUGCCUGCGAGCCACUUGGGACCAUAAAUUUGGGACGCAUCGAGUACACGAUACGGAUAUCACACAAAAUCACGAACCAACCACUGUGCACCAUCAAGUUUGCCGAAUGGCUCCCCAACAAGGGGGAUAGUGACCUCCAAGACCAAUAUGUUGCACCCCUUGACAACUACCACAUUCAAAGCUACUACAACGGCCGUAUCAUUGGCCUGGAUGGCAAUGCAGACGCUCCUAAAGUGCACCAGUUCACUCAGAUGCUGGACACGCCGGUGGCCAGAGUUUUCGAUGUGGUUCGGCCACAAGAUAAUAAAGAAGGAACAGCCAACCUGGUCCUGCUUGCUCGUCCCACUGACUCGCCUCUACUCGCUUCGCCCGAAGUCUGGCGAAACGAGAUGCAAAGAGCUGAAAGAGUCUUCGUCAACCGCACCGAAGCUGGGGUCUGGUAUGCCAUGUCUGAGCUUUCAUACCCGGGCGUCACCAAUGGUGCUGCACCUGCGAGCUCACAUUGGAACUAUGACAAUCAUCCCUUGAAUUUUAAUGGCAACAUGGAAGAGAUUGUCGGUGUGCACGUUCUGUCCAUCCAAGAGGAUAGUUCCCCUUUACGAUUGACCAUCUCUGGUCCACCUCCGGUGACGGACUUGGCUGAAGAGGCAGAAAAGGCGAUCGCUUCUAUGGAUUCGAGACUUCCACCUGCUCUGCUCCCCGUCAUGAAUAGUCCCUGGCUAUCAGUGUUCAAUGUCAUUGUGGCUAGUAUCAUUCUAUUUGUGGUCGGACUUCAGAUGAGGCUCCCAAUGAUGGUCAAGAUGCAACACUUCCUUCGCAAGGCUGGUGUAGAAGUGGCAGUGGACAAGUCGCACCCGCAAGGACCGGCUUUCACCACUGAUUCACCAGUCGAUCAGGAGAUUCUGGUUGCCGGCGUUGCUCAGAAGAAUGGCGCUCCCACUGAUCUUUCGGAAGUGCUGGAGAACACCAUUGCCACGCCUGCUCGAAGUCGGGCCCAAAGCAUUGCCGUCUCAUUUGCCAUCCCGGGCAAGAUUGUCAGUAUGGCAGAGCCCAACGAGGAGAGCUCGGAAGGAGAAUCCGACGAAGACAAAUCCAAGCAAGAAGUCAACUCGAACGAGGCUGCCGAAAAUGGCGCACAACCCCGUCGCAGGCAUGCAAAGCGUGGGAAACGUGGGGGAAAGAAGAACAGAAAAAGUAAGAAGACGAUGGACCCAGAGGCAAUGGAUGAGAAAGUGGAGCUUGCUACCGAAGUUCCAACCAAGGACGGCCUGUUACAGGUUGGGAAACUAAAGAUUGACACCAAGGAAGACCGUUGUCUGGGUCGUGGUAGCAAUGGCACGGCUGUCUUUCCUGGAUCACUCGAUGGCCGUGAGGUCGCCGUUAAACGUCUCAUUCGGACAUCGAACAGUCUUGCCGCGAAAGAGAUCAAGCAUCUUCUCUCGAGCGAUGAGAACCCUCACGUCAUUCGAUACUUUGGGAAAGAAGAGUCGCAGCACUUCACAUAUAUCGCCUUGGAGCUGUUCACGACCUCGCUGGACCAGUUUAUCGAACGACCACUGCAAUACCCGAACCUGGUCAAAUUUCCAGAGGGAUUUGAUGUCAAGGACUGCCUCCGCCAAAUCACCGAUGGUGUUCAGCAUCUCCACUCGCUCAAGCUUGUUCACAGGGACAUCAAGCCUCAGAACGUGCUGGUCAAGGCCGUAAAAAGCCAGCGCCCCACGACCGGCUUGCCGAAGUUGCAGUUCGUCAUCUCCGACUUUGGUCUCUGCAAGCCUCUAGAGGAAGGUCCGGAGUCAACCUUUGCACCAACAGCCAAUCAUACAGCUGCCGGAACGACAGGAUGGAGAGCCCCCGAGUUGCUUGUUCAUUCGCGAGCAACUGUUGCCGCACCAAAUGCAAAUUCGUCCACAUCAAAAUCGACCACUCAUUCCAGCGACGGAACAGUCCUUGAUGCCCCAUCUGGCCGUCGUGCGACGAAGGCUAUCGAUAUCUUCUCCCUGGGCUGCGUCUUCUACUAUGUCAUGACCCAAGGCCAACAUCCCUUUGAUGUUGGUGGAACCAGUCUGGGCCGGGACUUGAAUAUCAAGGACAAUAACUUCAGCACCGACGGUUUGCGGCUGCAUGAGUACCAAUACGAGGCUGAUGACCUUAUCAUGCAAAUGCUCAAGCAUGACCCUAAGGAGCGUCCAGAUACGCACGAAAUCUUCCGUCAUCCAUAUUUCUGGGACGUUGCCGACAAGCUGGAAUUCCUCUGCGAUGUCUCGGACUGCUUCGAGCGUGAGAAGAACUCUAUCAACAACUUUCACGAUGAGAACGCUGUCCGAACGCCCUCAGAGAGGGCCUCUUUUGAGGAGCUUGCAGCCUUGGAAGCACUGGCCCCGAACGUGAUCGGACCAUCCAAGGACUUCCUCCGUGCCUUGCCUAAGAGCUUCGUCAAUGAAAUGGGCAAGCAGCGGAAGUACACUGGGUCUCGAAUGAUUGACCUAUUGCGAGUCAUCAGGAACAAGAAAAAUCAUUUCCACGACCUACCGGACGAUGUCAAGGAGCAGAUGCUCGGCGGCAGUGCUAAAGGCUACUACGAAUUCUGGGCCAAGCGAUUCCCCAGUCUGCUGAUUAAUUGUCAUUGUCUGCUGUUGGAUCGGGAUCUUGUGGCACGUUUCAAGAUGGACAGGUACUAUGAUGAGUUUUAAAUCCAAGCUCUAGAAACAUUGCAGCGGUUAAACAAGUCAUCGAGCCAAAUCAAGGGUAACCUGGGAAGAUGUUGUUGCAGAUAGUCAUGGUCUCAUUGUGUCUGUAUCUAUCUCGUCAUAUCUACGGAGUAGUAUUCGUGGAAUGGCAACGUGGCUUAGAAUGCAUUCGUGAAAGGAUUCGGCUUUUGGCAAUCGUCUGUAAAAUCGUAC